GUUUUCAACAUUAUGGUUGCCUACUGUGAGGAUAUUCGCGCCCAACUGCCAGUAUCCUUCGUUUUGGGCUUCUUCGUCUCCGGUGUGAUCGGUCGAUGGUUCCAGACUUUCAUACACAUCCCCUGGCUCCAUGAGAUCACCUACAACGUCAUGGCGGCUGUCAACUACGCCGACCCCAGAGUUUCCCGAAGAAUUCGCCUCUCUGUAAUGCGCUACCUAAAUCUGGCAUGGAUCCUUACAAUGCGGCGAAUCAGCGACCGCAUCGCCGAUCGCUUCCGCCAUCGAACCAAUAAAACGGCCGGAACACCAAAACCCGAUGACAAACUGAUUACUCGAGGGCGGAACGAUCUCUGGUCAGUGUCUCAUGUAGGUGCUAGCCACCGUGGCUACAAAACUGGGACUGCUCCUGAUACACUUGUUCAGGCGACCUUCGGCAUGAUCAUCUUGGAAAACGAGAUAAAGGCCUUUGAGCGCAUUGCAAAGCAACACUACCAGAAGACGCACCAACGUUACAUCCCCGAAGCCUGGGUGCCGCUCCAGUGGGCCGUUCGACUCAUCAACAAGGCUGGAAUACAUGCAAACAUAUCUGACCCAAAAUUAAUUCCUACCGUCACCAAGGUCGCAGUCAUUUCUGUCUACAGUUACUUCCUCUGUCAGAUAGUCGGAACACAAUAUGUAGAAAGAAAUGACACCGUCCACGGUAGCAUUCAAACGAACAUUAUAGCAGUUCCCAUUUUUGGCAUCUUUUACUUUCUGUUCCUCAUGGGCUGGCUAAAGGUUGCCUUGUGCGUGAUGAACCCCUUCGGUGACGACUACGAGGACUUCGAGUGCUCAGAGAUUCUAGACUUCAACUUGGAUGUUAGUUACAGGGCUGUUCUAUUGGAUGAAGCGACCUACCCAGAAAGUUUGAAAGUGGCUUCCUUUGUUGCCAAACCCAUGCAGGGAGCAGAGGAGGACAAUCUGCAGGACUUUCUCGAUAAUGCUACCAAGGAACUCCAGGAGAAGGAGUUCAACGAGGCGGCGAACGAGUAA